UUUAAGCCCAGCCGGGAGCGCCCCGAGAAGUGAAGCCGCGCACAGCCCCACCAUGGGGGACACCUUUAUCCGUCACAUCGCCCUCCUGGGCUUUGAGAAGCGCUUCGUCCCCAGCCAGCACUACGUGUACAUGUUCCUGGUGAAGUGGCAGGACCUGUCUGAGAAGGUGGUCUACCGGCGGUUCACCGAGAUCUAUGAGUUCCACAAAGCCUUAAAGGAGAUGUUUCCUAUCGAGGCAGGGGACAUCAGCCCAGAGAGCAGGAUCAUCCCACACCUGCCAGCGCCGCGGUGGUUUGACGGGCAGCGGGCAGCAGAAAGCCGCCAGGGCACGCUCACCGAGUACUGCAAUGCGCUCAUGGGCCUGCCGGUCAAGAUCUCCCGCUGCCCACACGUCCUGGACUUCUUCAAGGUGCGCCCCGACGACCUCAAGCUCCCCACGGACAGCCAGGUGAAAAAGCCAGAGACAUACCUGAUGCCUAAAGAUGGCAAGACUAACGCUGCGGACAUCACGGGCCCCAUCAUCCUGCAGACAUACCGGGCCAUUGCUGACUACGAGAAGAGCUCGGGCUCCGAGAUGGCUCUGGCCAUGGGUGACGUGGUGGACGUCGUGGAGAAGGGCGAGAGCGGCUGGUGGUUCUGCCAAAUGAAGACAAAGCGUGGUUGGGUCCCAGCGUCCUACUUGGAGCCCCUGGACAGUCCUGACGAGGUAGAGGACCCAGAGCCCAACUAUGCAGGUGAGCCCUAUGUCACCAUCAAAACCUACACUGCCGUGUUGGAGGACGAGGUGUCCUUGCAGGAGGGUGAAACCAUUGACGUCAUUCAUAAGCUCCUGGACGGCUGGUGGGUCAUCAGGAAAGAAGACGUCACGGGCUACUUCCCGUCCAUGUACCUGCAGAAGGCAGGGCAGGACAUAGCCCAGGCCCAACGCCAGAUCAAGAGACGAGGGGCACCGCCCCGCAGGUCAUCCAUCCGCAACGCGCACAGCAUCCACCAGCGGUCACGGAAACGCCUCAGCCAGGACACCUAUCGGCGCAACAGCGUCCGCUUUUUGCAGCAGCGUCGCCGCCUGGUGCGGCCCGAGCCGCAGAGUGCGGGGAGCCCGCUGACAGAGGAGCAGCCGCAGACUGAGCGCCCGAAGCCGCAGCCCGCAGUCCCCCCACGGCCCAGCGCUGACCUCAUCCUGAACCGCUGCAGCGAGAGCACCAAGCGGAAGCUGGCGUCAGCUGUCUGAGGCCAGGGCACCCACCCCAGAUGGCGCCCUGGCUCCUCUGCCCCUUCCCCAUCCCUGUAUAUAUGAGUAUACAGCCUGAGGUAUGGACGCCGAGGGCAGCCCCGGGCCCCGCCCCACCUAGCUAGCUUAUAAGCCAUCCUCAAUAAAUGUUGCUUGGAGUGGA